AUUUGUGACGCUUGCAGGCCACUCGCGACUCCCAAAGCUAUAAGAAAGCUGGAUUUCCCCUGUUCUUCGCUUGUUAUCUGUAUCGAGAACUCACAAAAUAUUAGUUGAUCGUUCCGAGAGGCAGGUAGGAGAUCGAUCAUGGAGAUUUCUGCGGGCAAAUAUGUCGAGGUUUGUGGGAAAGAAGAUGGCUUUUUGGGGUCUUACUUCGUGGCCAAGGUUAUGAGGAGGGUGGGCAAGAAGAAGUUGACGGUGGAGUACCUUACUCUGCUUUCGGACGGGGAAGCAGGGCAACCGCUGAGGGAAGUGGUUGACGCCGCCGACGUGAGGCCUUUGCCGCCCCAGAUUCCGGUGAUGGGUUUCGACGUUCUGGACAAGGUGGAUGCCUUCGACAACGAUGGGUGGUGGGUCGGAAGGGUCACGGGCAGAGAUUUUUCGACGUACUCGGUGUAUUUCGACAGCUCCGGCGACGAGAUUGCUUACCCAAUUUCCAGGCUGAGGCUUCAUCAGGAAUGGGAGAACGGGCGAUGGGUUCCUUCCCAGACCAAGGUUUAGAGCAGCAGUAUGCAGUAUUGAUAUGCCAUAAUCCUUGCAGUGAAAGAUUGAUCGCCUACCAUUUUUGUUUUCUGCUAAGAAAUGUUUCAGUGGUUAAAGUUUGAGAUGUUUUUGUUGUAAAUCUCAAAUUCCAAUAUCAAAUAAAAGAUAGGCUAUUUCCCCUUGUAGCAA